AUGGCGACACGUGCGUCAGAAGAUCCGUCGAUGGAUCCACGGUUCCACAAUCUCCACGAGGAACUGAGAUCUGUGCUCUUCAAUGGCUUGUCUGGCCUCUCUCCUACCCAACUUCAUCUUGUCAAAGUCGGCGCGCCGGAAGCAUCACCAGGCUUGGACUUUUCGUCCGCAACUGUCAAGAUACCUCAAGCGCGCCUUGUACGUUAUCUCCAAAACUGGAUAAUUGAGUGUGCGCCGCAGCUAGACAAGUUCGACGAGGAGCAGCACUUCCAGAUUGAAGUUCCCAUUGUCGCUCAGAGAUCUCCUGCUUUGCUUUAUGCUAUCCUUGCCUUUUCGUCGCGACAGAUGGAAAGGCGAGGUAUGGUGCAAGGGUGCUACGACAGCCUCGAACUGUAUCAGGAAAGUAUACGAUUGUUGGCACCUGCAAUCCAGGCGAAAGACUCGGUCACGUUGGUGACAGCUUGCAUUCUUGCUGUCUUUGAAUUGAUGUCUAGCGAAACGGGAAACUGGAGGCGCCAUGUCGAAGGCUGUGCUUCACUCUUCCAAGUCUUUGGUGUCCAUGGCUUCUCAGGUGGUUUGCUGCAAGCCGUCUUUUGGUGUUAUGCCAGAAUGGAGCUUUGUGGAAGCUUCACGUCUGAUGGCGCGGAGACUGUGGUGUUGGCAGUCGAGAAAUGGGUACCAGACCUGGAUCGGUCUGUGAUCUAUCCAGAAGAUGGCGAGAAGAUUGUAAGGUCUUUCUUUCACGAAAAGAGUCGAGAAUCCCAUGAUGCUCAUGCCAACUGGGCGAUAUAUUUGUGUGCGAGAGUUUGCGACCUGAAGUUUCGCAGAACAAGCUACUUAGAGCUUGGUCGUACCGACUCCAGCGACAAACGACCCUUCUCGCAACAAUGGCAACAGCUUUGGGAAGAUUUGCAUUUUUGGCUCGAUAAGCGUCCCGCGGCCAUGAGACCUAUGAUUCUUGUCGAUGACGACGUCCAGCUCGAUUUCCCAUCUAUCAUCUUUCCGCACUGGGCAGCAAUCUCGAGCAACCAGGUAUAUCAUGCUGCCUGUAUCCUGAUGCUAGAGAUGCAGCCACCGGGGAGCGGUCUCGACCCUCAAACUUUGUCGCUGUGGCAUGCGAGGCAAGUCUGCGGCAUCUCGUGUGCGAAUCCACACCCAGGAAGUAUGGUGAAUUCGAUUCAGCCUCUUUACACUGCAGGCAGGCUGCUCACACAUCGUGGUGAGCGACAAAAGGUUGCUCAACUACUAGGUGCCAUCGAGCGUGAGACUGGAUGGGCAGCGUUAUGGCGCCUGAGAGACCUCGAGAUCGAGUGGGGAUACGAGGGAGUCGUUGACUGGGGACAUGAUUCUACAGUCUUUGCAAAGUAG